AUGGCUACCAAUUCCGACCUUCGUGUCGUAUGCCGCAAGCUCAAAUCGACACCAGCCGACGAUCUCCUCAAUGUCUGCCCAAGCCUUGUUCAGCAUGUCAUCCACUCUGGUCGUGCUUUGUCGGCGCCUGUCGAGCAGAAGCCCAAGGAUGGCGGCAACGAGACGGCGAUGCUUGUGCAUAAGCUCAAGACACACAUCACCACCCUUCUGAACGGCAAGACACCCGCGAGCCGUUUUGCGGGAAUGGCUCUAGUCAAGUCGGUUGUGGAUGCUGGAGGGUGGGAAUGUUUGAGGGCUGCCGAACCCUGGGUUCGUGGGCUAUUAUCUAUGCUUCAGAAACCGGAUCCUGUGUCUGCAAAGGAACUGUGCGUGGUUACUCUGGUGAGGAUAUACACUCUUCUACAUGAGUACCCAACUCUGGUCAGGGAAAUCGCCACGCCUACAAUCCCAAACUUUGCAAACGCCUGUCUUCAGAUAUUGAAGUCACCGGCCACGUCAAAGUCCCCCAAGGCGCCCCUGGACUUUGUCGAAACCAUCAUCAGCGCACUUGGUGCACUCGUGCCUCUGUACCCCACGACUAUGCGCCCUUUCAACGCGCAGAUAAAGUCUGUAAUUCGGCUAUACCUGGCCCCUACCUCUUCGGACCCGGUGGUGGUGCCUUCAAGCCUGCAGCAAGCUUCAAGGCGUCUCGCCGUACUGCUGCACAACACCGCACCCAAGAACACGCACCCGGAGGAGUGGGCCAACCUGCUCGCCGCGUGGAUCAAGGACUCUCACGCCACGGCGGACCAGAUUUUCCGGGCUGUGAAUGAGUCCUGGGAGCCCUCGACGGGACGUGCAUCGCGCAACGUUUCCACGGACGGCGAGCCAGAAGGAGGUGGAAAACUGGCCGAAGAACUACCCUCCUGGUCAGGUCUGAGCUGCGGAGCACAAAGACUGCUCGGUCUCUUCGCUUCCAUUUCGGAGGCCAUACGGACCCCCACCAAGUCUACCGUUGUUCUGCCCGUCGCGGCACUUACCGACCUCAGUUCGAGAGUUUUGAUGGUGAAUGCCCCGACGCCCGGCAGCCACGGGCGCGAUCUCGGCACGCAACUGAACCCAGGGAUCGGGCGGGAGGAACGCGAUGAACUGUGGAGUGUGCUCCCGCAUCUCCACGCUGCGGCGCUCCAGCUCCAGCUUUUACUGGUGCGGCGUCUGGGUAAGAGCUCGAUACCCCUGAGCUCUUCGAUACUCGACCAGGCCGUGCGCGCCCACGCCUUGAACCCAAAGCUAUCCGCCACACGUCAAGUUACAUUCACCCUGAUCCGCGAGAUUCUCCUCAUCUGCGGCCCAACCCUGCCCAAGAUCUCCGUCGACGCCCUGGGCCCAGUCAUCCAGAGCUGCUGUCAGGACUUGCUCGCCGCAGCGGGUUUCGCGCCGGAGCAGAAGCCUGCGGAGGACAGCCGGCCGAACCACGGCAACAACGGCGCCAAGGCAGGCGCGGGCAAGGGGAGCGUCCAGGCGAACGCCGACCUCUUCCUGCCUAACAAGGACAAGGACUCCACAGGGACCCAGCACAGGCAGGGCGCCACGGUUGACGAGCUCCUGAUCGCGGCGGCGCGGGACCUGCUGGAGGCCGCGCUGUCGCACCUCCCGCAGCACCACCUCAAAAAGGCCGACCGCGCGCUGCUCGACCGCACGGCGAUCCUCUCGCGCGACAAGCCGGCCAUGCUCGCAGGCGUGCUGCACCCGUACAUGGACAGGAGUGGGCGGCUGUUUGCCAACACGUACCCGUUCCUAGCCCGACAGCACCCGCACGACGCCGCCGUUGAGCUGCUGAGGAGCAACCUGCGCACCAGGCCGCACCACUUUGGCAGCGUCUUGGCGGCGGCCGGGCAGGAGCGGCGUGGAGCAGAAGGGAGCGACGAGGAAGAAGAAGAAGAAGAAGAAGAAGACGAGGCAGCGCCGGCUAGGGCCUCGGCGGUGAUGGCCGUCCACGACGAGGAUGAUCUGGCCGUCCAGAACCAGUUGCAGAUGGAGGCCUCGGCCGCAGAGCCCGUUGGGUUUUCUCAACAUCUGCAGAGCAUCGAGAUGGAGGUCGACGGCCCGGCCUUGGACGGGGAGAGAUCAAACGAGGCGCCCUUCGUGCCUCUGGUGCUCAAGCGCAAGAGCGUCGAGGUGGAAUCCGAGAUUCCCGCCAAGAGGCAGGACAAGGGCAAGGGGCUCGAGUCCGUGGUACCACCAGUACAGGAGCCAGUCGAAGCAUCCGCUGGAGAUGCGAGCGACAGUGACGACGAGAGUGUUCAUCUUGAGAUGGCAUUUGAUGAGGAAGAUGAUGAAGAUGAAUGA